AUGGACGUGGACUGGGCCGACUCGCACACGCAUGCGAAGAAGGGCGACUGCAAGUGGGGCAAGGGCAUGGGCAAGCACGGCAAGGACGGAAAGAGCAACGGUGACAAGGGCACCGAUAUGGAGAAGACGAAGUUCCAGGGCCGCUGCGAACGAUGCGGCAAGUGGAAACACAACAGAAGGACUGCUGAGAAGGUCUGCUACGCGAAGGUCGACCACGCGGGCGCCUGGCACAGCUGGGGCGGGGCGGGUCGGAGCGACAACGGUGGGAAUUGGGGGCUGAGCGGCGGCUGGGAGGGGGCCGCGCCGGCACCGCCCAAGGGCGGCGAGAAGACGACGGUCGGGGCGAUCACCUACGCGGAGGCGGGCGCCACGGCCUGGAUUUUCGCGGUCGGCUGCCACGGCGCGCGUGCGAGCGGCGCCGAGGCGGGCGACGCGGUGGGCCUCGCGGCGGGCGCCGGCGCGAAUGGAUCGGCACGCGGGCCAGGCGAAGCGCGCGGCGACAGGCGCGUGGGCCUGAAGCGAGGUGACCUAUGUGAAAUUUCACGCCGCUGA